AUGCAAUUUAAAGAAGAAUUGAUUAAUGUGAUUAUCAAUUUGAUUGAAGAAUUAUUUGAAUGCAAACUUAAUUCCAUUAUGCAAGAAGUAUUAUAAUAAAUAAAUAUAGGUUAAUGAUAAACUUACUCGUAUGCAUUAAGAUAUAGAAAGUAUGUAGGAUGUACUUGUUAAACACUUUUCACAUUAAAUAGCUCAUUCAAGAACAGAAUCAUUAAGUGAAACAAUUGAUACUGCAGAAGAAGAUUAAUUUAAGAAAUCAAUUAAUGCAGAAUUGGAUAGUCUUGGUUUACGUAUUUAGUAAUUAGAAUAUAUGAAUCAUAUUAUACUUGAUACUUAAAGUGCUAAUAAAAAUAAUUAUAAAGAAUUAGAACGUAAAAUAUAACCAUUACAAGAAUAAAUUAAUAAAUCAAUAGAAGAUAUGAAAAAAGAUUUAAAGGGUACAAUCUAUCUAUUAAUAUAGACAAACAGACAUUUUAAUGGACAGUAUUAAAUGAUUAAAUUGAAAGAGUAGAAAAAUAUGUCUAAAAACUUAAAUAAGCAGAUCUCUUAUUCUAAUAAAAAUAAUAAUAAUUGUAAACACAAACAAAUAAGAAAUAGAAAUGA